AUGAACGUCAGAAGAACUGUGGAAGGCUUCGCAACAGUAGGAGCUGCCGGUAUCAUGAUUGAGGACCAGACCUGGCCGAAGAGAUGCGGUCACACCGCUGGUAAGAGUGUGGUCUCCAGAAGUGAGGCAUACGCCCGAUGGCAGGCUGCAGUGGAUGCAAGGAACGAAGCAUUGGAUAUCUGGAUCAUGGCUCGAACCGACAGUCUCAUUCUUGGGUAUGAUGAGGCGCUUGCCAGGGCCAAGAAGGCAAUCGAGAUUGGAGUCGACGCUGUCUUUGUAGAGGCCCUUCCCGAUCGUGAGACCAUGGCACGCCUACGGAUGGAUCUCGACUUCCCCCUUUUCGCCAACAUCAUUGAGGGCGGAAAGACGGAGAAUCUUUCCGCGAAGGAACUGGGUGAACUCGGAUAUUGCGGAGUGGCAUAUCCAUGGACACUCGUCGCAGCCAAAUUGAGAAGCAUUCGGGAAACACUGGAGGCACUCAAGGGUUCCCUCACCGUCGGCAAACCACCAACCGUUCUUUCUUAUGCGGAAGUGUGCGACGGUGUUGGAUUCAACAAACACUUUGAGCUGGAGGAACGGUACCAAUACGAUGGCAGAACAAACGGAGCCAACGGACAUCAGUGGAAGAACUAG